GGCUUAUAACAGAUUUUAGUUGGUUACAAUAUACGAAUAUACACAAUAUAUGUACAAUACAAUUUUAACAAUUCUAUGUAAAUUAAAAUGAACAUGGAUAGCAUAAACAAUACUGCUCUGACAAACUCUACUGUGAAAGAGGAUCAUGGGAUAGAGAUACCCUCAUCAGUGGCCAUCUUCAAUGUCGUAUUAGCUGAGGUGACAGCAAUAGCUAUCCUAAUUGUGAACAUUAUAACAAUUGUCACAAUAUCAAAGAUUCAGCAACUCCAAACAAUGGCUAAUAAACUAUUUAUGAACUUGUCGUUUGCAGACACCAUACUGGGGCUGUCACUAUUGUAUUGUUCUGUUCGACUGUUUGCCCCAGGGUUGAAAUACACAAACAACAACGAAGAAAAAUCCAGCUGCCUCACAUGCCAAUUUCUGCUACAGGUAUCAGCAAGCAUAAGUUUUUUAACAUUUGCUUUAAUUGCAUUUGAUAGAUUCAUUGUGGUGAUGUACCCAUUGAAGUAUGUGCAAAUUAUAACAGACAAACGUUUGUACAGCGGGAUAUUCAUAGUAUGGAUGUAUGGAAUUGGUAGUAAUAUAAUUCUUGUUGUAUUCAAUGAGUAUCCUCCAUACUCAACUGAAUGCACAUCACUCAACUUUGCCAACAGGGGACUGUAUUAUACCCUUAUUAUUGGCAUUGCAGUUUUGGUGACCAUCUUUUCAACUAUUCUUUACUCUCGGUUGUUUUAUGUAGCUUGGAAGCAAGCAAAACAGAUUAAAGCCAUUGAACAAGGUGUAUCAGGCCAAGACAAUACAGUUGAUGAUAAAAGACUAACAAAGACCAUGGUAAUUGUGUUCGGUGUACUAUACAUUUGCUAUGCACCUUUUUUGUUGACUUCAAUGUUGAGAAAACCGCCCUUCAAACUUUGGUUUGAGAUUCUACAUACAUAUUGCAAGUUGUUUGUUUUUUGCAAUUCAUUUCUCAAUGCUAUUUUAUAUACUUGGAGGAACAAGGAAUUCAGACAGAGUAUCAUAAAAGUAUUUCGUCAAAAACAGUGAUUAUCGUAUUCUCUGUAAUUAGCGCCCAAGGCACUUAGAAAAUUGAAAAUACAUCCUUCAGACCAUUCUAAUAAGCGCCCAU